AUGUCUUUAAUAAUAAAUGUAAGGAGACAAUUUAUAAACGGUGUUCGAAAAUUGAAGUGUGGUUUAACACAUGGUAAUCAAAAAUUCUGCUCUGAAGAUAUAUUACGCAGAUGUUAUUCUACUCGUGAAUUAUUGAAAGAGGCUUAUUGUCGCACAAGGCUUAAAUUCAAAUCUAAAAAGUUGCCUCAAGAUGUAAAUCCACAGGGUGUGUUUGCAUGUAAUGAAUUAGAUCUAUCUGAAGUGAAAGUAUAUGGGUUCGACUACGAUUACACAUUGGCGCACUAUAAACCCACACUUGAACACUUACUAUAUAAUCUUGGUAGAGAAAUUCUAUUGGAAAAAUAUAAGUACCCACCAGAGAUAUUACAGUUAGAAUAUAAACCAAAUUUUGCUGUGAGAGGCUUGCACUAUGAUAUUGAGAAGGGUUUACUGUUGAAGUUGGAUUCUUUCCUUCAAAUACAGUUUGGUUCUGUGUACCGAGGUCUCACACAGGUCUCUGCUGAUGAAGUACUCCAGUUAUAUAGAAAUAGGAUUAUACCUAUUGCUUAUGUGGAGGGUGAUACAAGAGCACACAAGCCAAACAGAGCAAAGAUGGUACAUUUAGCUGAUUUAUUUUCUGUACCAGAGAUGGGUUUACUGUGUAAUGUUGCAGAGUAUUUCAUUAAAAAUCAAAUAGAUUAUCAUCCAGAAAUUCUGUUUUUGGAUGUUAAAAAUUCAGUUCAAAGUAGUCACCCUAUCAUGCAUAAGAUAGUUGCUCAAAAUGUGGAAGAAUAUAUAAGGCCGAAUGGACAUCUGAGGCAUUACUUCAAAAUGUUACAGGAUAAUGAUAAGAAACUAUUCCUUGUUACCAACAGCCCUUAUCAUUUUGUGGGCGCUGGUAUGGAGAUGCUAGUUGGUCACGAUUGGCGGGACUUCUUCGACGUUGUGAUCGUAAAUGCAAAUAAACCAACGUUCUUCACUGAGGUGUCGCGACCGAUACGAGUCUUUGACAAGAAUGCCAAUACGCAUAUUUGGGAGAAAGUUACUUCGUUAGAAAAAGGAACUAUUUAUUAUGAGGGUACAGUCAAACAGCUGCAAGAUCUGACAGGAUGGUAUGGUCACCAGGUUUUAUACUUUGGUGAUCACCCGUACAGCGACCUCGCUGAUGUCACUCUCGAACAUGGCUGGCGCACGGGAGCUAUUAUUAACGAGUUGACGCACGAAAUCAAUACAUUGAAUACCCAGUCUUUCAAGGAGAACGCUAAUUGGCUGCAGAUGCUCACCCAGCUUAUUGAGGACCACCAGGAUUAUAAGGAUCCUGAGGCGUUAGAGGUUCUUAAUGAAUGGAUGGCUGAGAGGGAUUACCUAAGGAACGAAAUAAAGGCUGUGUUUAAUCCACAAUUCGGUAGCGUAUUCCGAACGUACCACAACCCGACUUACUUCUCGAGACGACUAUUCCGCUUCGCUGAUGUCUACACGUCCAACAUUACUAAUCUGAUGAACUACUCCCUCACGCACACCUUCUACCCUCGUCGAGGUGUCAUGCCACACGAAUACGGGUCGUAUUUCGUCUAG